GACUGCUCGGCGACGUUGAGGCUGCGUUGGGCGGCUUAGACUCAAGAGUGGUGAGUCCCCGGCGACGGAGGUGGUUCCUACGAGCUUGCGGAGGGGGCGAGAACCGGGGCAGGGCGGUGGUCCCAGCCUUCGAUGGCAGGAGAGCUUGCUGACAAGAAGGACCGUGAUGCAUCACCUUCCAAAGAAGAAAGGAAACGGUCUCGAUCUCGGACUCCUGAGCGAGAGCGGGAGAGGGACCGCGACCGGAAGUCUUCCCCGGCCAAAGACAGGAAGCAGCAUCGGUCCAGGGACAGGCGUCGAGGAGGCAGCCGCUCUCGCUCCCGUUCUCGCUCCAAGUCUGCAGAAAGAGAACGGCGGCACAAAGACCGAGAACGAGAUAAGGAUCGGGAUCGGAAUAAGAAGGACCGAGACCGGGAUAAGGCUGGGCACAGGCGGGACAAGGACCGGAAACGAUCCAGUUUAUCUCCUGGCCGAGGGAAGGAUUUUAAAUCUCGGAAAGACAGAGACUCUAGGAAGGAUGAAGAGGAUGAACACGGUGAUAAAAAGCCUAAGACCCAGCCAUUAUCUCUGGAAGAACUUCUGGCCAAGAAAAAGGCCGAGGAAGAAGCUGAAGCUAAGCCCAAGUUCCUCUCCAAAGCAGAACGAGAGGCCGAAGCACUAAAGCGACGGCAGCAGGAGGUAGAAGACCGGCAGAAGGUGCUUGAAGAGGAGAGGAAGAAAAGGAAACAGUUCCAAGACUUGGGCAGGAAAAUGUUGGAAGACCCUCAGGAACGGGAACGCCGGGAGCGCAGGGAGAGGAUGGAACGAGAGACCAACGGAAAUGAAGAUGAGGAAGGGCGGCAGAAGAUCCGGGAGGAGAAGGAUAAGAGCAAGGAACUACAUGCCAUUAAGGAACGCUACUUGGGUGGCAUCAAGAAGCGACGCCGAACGAGGCAUCUCAAUGACCGCAAGUUUGUCUUUGAAUGGGAUGCAUCUGAGGACACAUCCAUUGACUACAAUCCACUGUACAAAGAACGGCACCAGGUGCAGUUGCUGGGGCGAGGCUUCAUUGCAGGCAUUGACCUGAAGCAGCAGAAACGAGAGCAGUCACGUUUCUAUGGAGACCUGAUGGAGAAGAGGCGGACACUGGAGGAAAAGGAGCAGGAAGAAGCACGACUUCGAAAACUUAGGAAGAAGGAAGCCAAGCAGCGCUGGGAUGAUCGGCACUGGUCCCAGAAGAAGUUAGAUGAGAUGACAGACAGGGACUGGCGGAUCUUUCGUGAGGACUAUAGCAUCACCACCAAAGGCGGCAGGAUUCCCAACCCUAUCCGGUCCUGGAAGGACUCCUCUCUGCCCCCACACAUCUUGGAGGUCAUUGAUAAAUGUGGCUACAAGGAACCAACACCUAUCCAGCGUCAGGCAAUUCCCAUUGGCCUACAGAAUCGUGACAUCAUUGGCGUGGCUGAGACUGGCAGUGGCAAGACGGCAGCCUUCCUCAUCCCACUGCUGGUCUGGAUCACUACUCUCCCCAAAAUUGACAGGAUCGAAGAGUCAGACCAGGGCCCUUAUGCCAUCAUCCUGGCCCCAACUCGCGAGCUGGCUCAGCAGAUUGAAGAAGAGACCAUCAAGUUUGGAAAGCCACUAGGCAUCCGCACCGUGGCUGUCAUUGGUGGCAUCUCCAGAGAAGACCAGGGCUUCAGACUGCGCAUGGGUUGUGAGAUUGUGAUUGCUACCCCGGGACGUCUGAUUGAUGUGCUGGAGAACCGCUACCUGGUGUUGAGCCGCUGCACCUAUGUGGUCCUGGACGAGGCAGAUAGGAUGAUUGACAUGGGCUUUGAGCCAGAUGUCCAGAAGAUCCUGGAGCACAUGCCCGUCAGCAACCAGAAGCCGGACACAGAUGAGGCCGAGGACCCUGAGAAGAUGUUGGCCAACUUUGAGUCAGGAAAACAUAAGUACCGCCAAACCGUCAUGUUCACGGCCACCAUGCCCCCGGCAGUGGAGCGUCUGGCCCGGAGCUAUCUUCGGCGACCUGCUGUGGUGUACAUUGGCUCUGCAGGCAAGCCGCAUGAGCGUGUGGAACAGAAGGUCUUCCUCAUGUCAGAGUCAGAGAAAAGGAAAAAGCUGCUGGCAAUUCUGGAACAAGGCUUUGAUCCACCCAUCAUCAUAUUUGUCAACCAGAAGAAGGGCUGCGAUGUUUUGGCCAAAUCUUUGGAGAAGAUGGGGUACAACGCUUGUACGCUGCAUGGUGGAAAAGGCCAGGAACAGCGAGAAUUUGCACUGUCCAACCUCAAGGCUGGGGCCAAGGAUAUUUUGGUGGCUACAGAUGUGGCAGGUCGUGGUAUCGAUAUCCAAGAUGUGUCUAUGGUUGUCAACUAUGAUAUGGCCAAAAAUAUUGAAGAUUACAUCCACCGCAUUGGCCGCACAGGACGAGCAGGCAAGAGCGGCGUGGCCAUCACCUUCCUCACCAAAGAGGACUCUGCCGUGUUCUACGAGCUGAAGCAGGCCAUCCUGGAGAGCCCAGUGUCCUCCUGCCCACCAGAGUUAGCCAACCACCCAGACGCCCAGCACAAGCCAGGCACCAUCCUUACCAAGAAGCGCCGGGAAGAGACCAUCUUUGCCUGACAGCACUACACCCAGGAGUUAAGACUGCUCUGAUGCCUACCCAGGCUCCUCAUGCCUGAAGGUCUGACCACAGGGCUCCAGGCAGAAAGCAGCCUGCUGCAGGAGGCAGAGAACACAUCACUGUAGAUGCUGGCCCAGCUCUGCCCCUUUGGUAGGCUUUGGGAUUGCAUUGAGCCACCAGCUCUUGCCAGUUAUGGGGCAGCCAGUUGGCACAGCCUUCCAGACUGAACAAAGCCUGGUUGCCAGAAGGACGUCGUCGGCGCAGGCUGGCCUGUGGUAAGCUGCAGCAGCGCCGCUGCCCUCGGUGCUCCAGGGACCUGGCGCUGCCAGGAUUGAGGACCUUGAACUCUUCCUGUCACUGACAGCUCUGCCCAUUGAGACUACAAGCAAAUUGAGAGUCUUGUUUGGAGCUGUGCAUGUCCCCCACGCCCAGGGGUGCUGUGCACUCCAGGCAGCCUUCACCCAGGGAAUAUUUUUUAGAUGUGGGGACUGGGUGAGCUGGCCUAGUCCAUCUUUAAGUCACUGAGUGAAAUUUCUGUUUUCUAUUCUCUGAGAAGAUGAGUUUGUAUGUUCUGAGAAUAAAUACAUGACUUAAA